GCACCCAACGGUAAGAAUCAGCGGUACAUCCUUCAAGUUCGUUAUCAUCUAAUCCAUUUUGGAUCACUUUCCCUCCCUCAUUUCCCCUCACUCUCUCUCGCUCCCACCCACCAAUCCAACCUUGGACGCGGCCAUGCCCGCAUUCAUGGCCUUCUCAUCUCCACCGUACACUCCCUCCCUCCUCCGCCCACCCUGUCACCCAUCUCUCUCACCAACCCUCUUCACUUCCCAUACCUCCCACCUUCUUCUUCAAUUCCCACUCUUUUCUAUCUCUCAUGCUUCCCCUAAGCUCCCUCCCACUACCAAAAUCCAAUGCAUUAAGAAAGAAGAAGCCCCGCCAUCCCGGAGCUCCGAUCCCAAGGUCGGAGUCUCAGUCUACAAGCCAAAGUCCUACGAAGUUUUGGUCACUGAUGCAGCCAAUUGUCUUGCUUAUGCUCUUGAUGACGGCAAGACCCGCUUGGAGAUAGAUUUCCCGCCCUUGCCUAGCAACAUUUCUUCCUAUAAGGGAUCUUCAGAUGAGUUCAUUGAUGCAAACAUUCAAUUAGCCUUGGCUGUUGUGAGGAAGCUCCAAGAAAGAAAGGAAGCCAGGGCAUGCAUUGUGUUUCCUGAUAAGCCAGAAAAACGCAGGUCGUCUCAGCUUUUUAAAGCAGCUCUUGACUCGAUCGAUGGAAUAAGCAUAGGUUCCCUGGAUGACAUACCAAGUGGUCCUGUCUCCAAAUUCUUCAGUUCUAUUAGGAAUACUCUUGAUUUUGAUUUUGAAGAUGACAAUGAAGGUCGUUGGCAGUCUAAUGAACCUCCAUCACUCUACAUAUUUAUUAAUUGUAGCACGCGAGAACUUGCAUCCAUAGAGAAGUAUGUGGAAGCAUUUGCCCAGUCAACUCCUACACUUCUCUUUAAUCUGGAACUUGACACAUUGCGUGCUGACUUGGGCAUUCUGGGAUUUCCAACAAAGGAUUUGCACUACCGAUUUCUUUCUCAAUUCAUUCCAGUGUUCUAUAUUCGAAUAAGAGAGUACUCAAAGACAGUAGCAGUAGAACCAUACAUUGUGAAUUACAAUGGAGCGCUGUUUCGCCAAUACCCUGGGCCUUGGCAGGUGAUGCUUAAACAAGCGGAUGGUUCUUUUGCUUGCAUUGCUGAGAGUACAACACGCUUCACGCUGGGUGAAACUAAAGAAGAGCUGUUGAGGGUGCUGGGACUGCAAGAGGAAGAAGGCAGCUCACUAGAAUUUCUUCGCAGAGGCUACAAGGUUCCUCUGCUUAUCUAAGCUUCCACUUGGUGGGAAGAAGAUGUUGAAAUGGAAGCAUCUUCUGCUUGGCGCAGUUAAGCAGCAAGAGCAACAUAAACACCUGCGGUUAUUGAAAGAAAUAGAUGUUGAAGUUCCAAUUGUUAGGGGCACUCAACCCCACAAUAUUCAACAAGAUAAAGGCAUAAGGCUUCAGUUUCUUUUUUCUUCUUCUUAUCUUUCCUUUAAUUUUUUAUUUUGUUCUCACUGUAAUGUAAUUCUUUUUUUGUUCUCAUUUAAUGUGAUUAUUGUUUUCUCUGUUGGCUUGUAAGUGAUGUAACUCUUUCAGUAGAAGAAGAAAUCUUAUCUUUUUGAUACCCA